AGGAUGGAGAAGUACGAGAAGAUUGGAAAGAUCGGAGAGGGCUCCUACGGCGUCGUCUUCAAGUGCAGGAACAAAGACACGGGGCAGAUUGUCGCCAUCAAGAAGUUUGUAGAGUCAGAGGACGAUCCCAUCAUCAGGAAGAUUGCACUGAGGGAGAUCAGGAUGCUGAAGCAACUGAAACACGCCAACCUGGUGAAUCUGAUCGAGGUGUUUCGACGUAAACGGAAGCUUCACCUCGUGUUCGAGUACUGCGACCACACGGUCCUCAACGAGCUGGACCGCCAUCCCAGAGGAGUCCCGGAGCAGCUUGUAAAAAGUAUAAUCUGGCAGACGCUUCAAGCUGUGAACUUCUGCCACAAACAAAAUUGUAUUCACAGAGACGUCAAGCCGGAGAAUAUUCUCAUCACCAAACAUCAAGUCAUCAAACUCUGUGACUUUGGGUUUGCGAGGAUACUCACUGGACCAUGUGACUACUACACAGACUACGUGGCCACCCGUUGGUACCGGGCCCCCGAGCUGCUGGUGGGGGACACUCAGUACGGCCCACCGGUGGAUGUUUGGGCCAUCGGCUGCGUGUUCGCAGAGCUGCUGUCGGGGAUUCCUCUGUGGCCCGGGAAGUCUGACAUGGACCAGCUGUACCUGAUCAGGAAGACUCUCGGAGAUCUGAUCCCUCGACAUCAGCAGGUUUUCAGCAACAACCAAUUCUUCAGUGGUGUUUCCAUCCCGGAGCCUCAAGACAUGGAAGCUUUGGAGCAGAAAUAUCCAAUUCUCUCACAUCAAGCUCUGAGUCUUAUGAAGGGUUGUCUCAGGAUGGACCCGUCUGAGCGGCUGACAUGCGAGCAUCUCCUCCAGCAUCCGUACUUCGACAGCCUGCGAGAAAAGAGCGAGGGAGCUUCUCGAGAGCAGGACCGCUCCGGCAACAAGAGGACGCGUUUACCUCGCAAACACCUCCCACCCGGGGUGAGCAGCCGCCUCCAGUAUUUGCCACAGCUGACCGGCAGCAGCAUCUUUCCAGCUCUGGAUAAUAAGAAAUACUACAACAACCUGCGCAAGUUCAACUAUCAUCUACCAAACAUCUAAACAAAGCUGCUCCUGAUCAACAUCAUCAACAACAAGCAGGG